AUGGAUUCCCUCUUUUCACUCGACGUUACUGGCGAAAUUUACCCAGAAGAGCCAGUUGUGGAGGUAGACUCUCCCGCCGAGGAGGAGUCUUCGAUCAACGUUAAAAACGCCUCCGAAUCUAAGGACAAUGUGCUGGAGCGGGAUACGAAGCUGGUCAAAAUAUCCCUCGCCUCUCACAUCAGGGAUAUUCACAGAGUCGACCACUCCAAGAACCCGGCCCAGUAUGAGCUCUAUCGCAACAUCACAAUGGAAAUACGCAAGUUCAUAUACAACUCGAUUGUGAGUGAGGAUUUUUGCAUAAACUGCACAGUGGUACAGGAUUCAGAUCAGAAAGCAACCGCAGAAGCCAGUGGUGACCAGCUGCAGGUGGGCGGCCGUGCGCAACGAAACCCAGGUUCCAGUGAAACUCUGACGUGCUCGGAAGAAUGUGCCCCUCGGAUGGAUUUCGACGUGGAGGCAGUCGUCUCCCCAAAGACUUCGAUGUCCCUGGACACCGCCAACGACGUCUCUUCGGUGGCCAUGGACGACAUGCUCGAGCCCCUGACCAGUUCCGAGGCCGAGUCCGUGGGCUCCGAGGACUCGCUCCAGUCCCUCUCGCUGGAGACCUCGUCGCAGAGGGCGAACGCAGACCCCGAGGGCAGCGGCGACUUCAGGGCCUCUGACUGCAUCAUGCUCAGGCUCUCCCCCGCGAAGCUGAACCGCACUGUCAUGGAGAUGGCGCACGUGCAGAUGAAGCGCUUCUUCUCCUCGUACCCCAAGAACUUUAAGAUCGCCACCGGGCACGUCGGCGCCGACGUCUUCGCCUUCGGCCGGCGCUACUACGUCUCCAGCGACCAGGCCUCGGGCGAGCUGCGUCUGGACAAGCUGCGGCGGAACCACGUGUUCUACCUCGCGCACCUGUACCGGCGUCAGAGGAGCGUCUGCUACUACUGCGGCUUUCUGCGCUGCGCGCGCAGCUCCUCCAGCAAGAACCCCUGCGAGUUCCAGAAGUGCUCCAAGUGCGUCGGCACGCACAAGUGGAGCUACAACGCCUGCAAGGGCAACGGUAAGCAGCUGGAGGAGUAUCUCAGGACCAGCGACUGGCGCAUUCCCAGGUUCAACGUCUGGAGCUCCCAGCCGAAGCACGUGAAGGAGCUCCUUCGCUGCUUCUACUGCAAGAAUGAGGGCGAGGCCAACUUCAAGUGCCAGGGCCUCUCCUGUCCCGAGGGCCUCGACACGCUCCACAUUCGCUGCCUCGAGUUACUGGGCAAGACUGCGCUAAAGCAGGAGCAUCACAGGAACCCGCACCUCUUCCCUCACAUGAGCAGGAGCGACUUUGUCUUCACCAAGGCCUUCAAAGUGCACUAUAAGCGUUAA